AUGCAGUGCGUCAAGUUGUGCGCCAAAGCGCAGGACAGUCCGACCGAGUCGCGUCGCGAGACGAGUAGCUCGCUUCACCAACUGUAUUUCGACGUCCGCACCUCCAAGCAAAACCCCGUUGAAGAGUUUCCGUCACACGCCGCGACGUGUUUGGCGGUGUCGACGAACGGACGGUUUGACUCCACCGAUACGUGUUUACUGGAGCACAGCCCGACACGCGCAGCGGACGAGGAUGCUUCCGAAGGGGAGAAGACCUUGGAGCUGCAUGCCGGCCGAGCUUCCCGACAUGGAUGCGCGCGCCGCGAGAACGACGUGACCUGGAGAGGCUAUACCGACGAACUAGAUGCCAACUGCGGAAAGUGGCGACGCGACUUCUCACGUCAGCGAAUCGGCCGUUAUCGUCUUGGGGCGAUCUAUUUGCGCGACGACGAGGGGCGGCUGAACCGAGCCCUGGUGGAUGAGCGCCUUUAG